GUUGUAAAGCCCACACGUUUGCUUUCCAAGCUCUGGCCAUGUCAGCGCACACCACGCACACUGCAGGCUCUCGCUGGCCAGCGGACAGCACAUAGCCACGUGCCCCAGGCCUAACUUGGGCUCUCUUCUCCUUUUCCAGGCCCUCCCUCAGCUCCUAUGCCUGCUGCUGUGGCCUUGGUGACACCCUCCCCAGGUGGUGAGCCCAGAGAUUCCCCCACCCAUGCAGUCCCCUGCCACCACUGCUGUGGUCCUCAGUGGCCCCCUCUUAGGGGCCCACCCUCUCCCAGCCUUUAAGUUCCAGCCUCGCUGUCAGAGCAUGGACUGGAUGCGCAUCAGUGCCCUAGACGUGGACCGCGUGGCGCGGGAGAUGGAUGUGGCCGCCCUGCAGGAGAACAUCACAAGCAUCACCUUCUGCAACCUGGACAAGGAGGUGUGCCACCGCUGCAGGCAGCCUGUGGACCCUGCGCUGCUCAAGGUGCUGCGGCUGGCGCAGCUCAGCAUCGAGUACCUGCUGCACUGCCAGGACUCCCUGAGCGCCAGCGUGGCUGAACUGGAGGCGCAGCUGCUGGCCAGCCUGGGCCAGCAGGAGGGGAGCCAGCAGGAGCUGGCCCGCCAGGCUGAUGAGCUCAAGGGUGUGCGACAGGAGAGCCACCGGCGUCGCAAGAUGAUCAUCACCCUGCAGCAGCUGCUCCUGCAGAUGGACGCCUACAGCUGCCACAUGUGCCACUUGUGUCACAAGAUGUUCAUGAACGCCACCUAUCUCCAGAGCCACAUCCAGCGCAGGCACUCAGGCAUGGUGGAAGGCGGCUGCCCAACCACUCUUUGCACAGUCCCCACAGAAAAACAGAAGCAGGAGCAACCAGUGGAGGAGGUGUUAGAAGAGCUGCGAGCCAAGCUAAAGUGGACCGAAGGGAAGCUGGAAGCGCAGAGGGAGGCUAAGAGGCAGCAGCAGCUCCAGGAAUCAGAGAUGACUCAUCAGAGGGAGAAAGAGUUGGAUAAAUGGAAAGAAAAAGAGCAGGCCAAGCUGUAUGGCGAAAUAGAUGAGCUCAAAAAGUUUUUUUGGGAUAAAUUAAAAAGUGUUGCUGACCAGAGCUCUACGCUAGAAGAGAAACUGCAGGCGCUUCAGUCCUACAAUGUGGGGAAGUCCAACCUUGGGUCCCUGCAGAGUGAUGAGUCCGAGCAGCAACUGGGGCAGGCUCAGGAGCUCCAGGCCCUGAAGGAGAGGAUGGAAAUUCAGGAAACAGAAUGGAAGAGAAAAAUGAAGGCAAUUCGAGAAGAGCAUGCAGCUCAGAAGAGAGAGCUGAAGGAGCACUAUGAGAAGCUCCUGGCCUCCCUGUCUGAGAAUCAGAAGAAAGCCCAGGCUCAGCACCAGAUGAGUGCCCUCCAGCCCCAGCUCCAGGAACAAGCCACGCUCAUCGCCUCCCAGGAGAAGAUGAUCCAGACCAUGUCUCUCAGGAAGGCAAAGCGAAUCCACAUGGUCUCGAAGGCUGUGGACACAGAAGAGGACUCUUCUAAGGAAGAGCUCCAGGGGAUGCAGAGGAGGAGUGAAAAAAACAGACUCUCCUGGGAGAGUCUGGGAGGAGGAGAUCCCAGGAAAGAUCAGAGAGCACUGCUCACCCAGCCAGGCUGUGAUGUGAGGAUUCCAGAGCGACCGACAGAGCUGAGGGACUCCUGCAGUGGGCAGCAGAAGGUGGCAGCAGCCCCCAGGCAAAAGUCCACCUUGCAGAAGCAGUUAAGCCCAGUCCUGGAGGAUACCCUGCAGGAGACGCUGGAAACCAUGGGGAUAAAGAGAGAUGCAAAGGGAAUCCCUGCUCAGACCUUCAGACACGUGGAUUCCCUCCUGAAAACCCAGAGGAAGCAGAAGGUGGGGAAGUUUUCAGAAUUUCUGAAUCUGAGGAAGAAGCUCAUCCAAAAAGCCACCAGCAGACUGAAGGAGAGACAAAGGAGUGAGGCCCCAGUUUCCCAGCCAGACAGCGAGGCUCCAGUCAAAAGCCAGGAGAGCCCACUCGUCACCAGAAAGGCCCAGCCAGAGGUCAGCACCCUGCGUGUGACAUCCAAGCCGGCAGAGCCACCUGUGACACCCCCUGGGAGGCCCACCCCUGCUCCACGCUCCAGACCCUCAGGCACCCUGGCUGCCCCAGGGUCCAGGCUGAGCAGCACGCCCCCUUUCAGUUCUGAAGAGGACUCAGAGGGAGAUUCCAGGCCGCGUGGGUCUCUCCCGCCUCCGAGACUUCCUUCGAGAAUGAGGCCCUGGCCCCAGGAUGACUGGGAGUGGUCUGACACUGAGACCUCGAAGGGGAGCACCCACUCCUCUGGAACACUGGUGCAGUCUCUGGUCAAAAACCUCGAGAAGCAGCUGGAGGCACCGGCCAAGAAGCCUGCUGGAGGGAUCAGUCUGUUCUUAAUGCCCGAUGCUGGGCCACAGAGGGAUGCCGCACUUGGAGGGAAGCCUCAGCUUUCUGAAGAUGACAGUGACUUGGAGAUCUCUUCCUUGGAAGAUCUCCCCCAGGACCUGAACCAGAGAGAGAAACCGAAGCCCCUGUCAAAGCUCCCAGAGGAGUUUGGUGCUAGCUCUUGGAGCCCUGGUCAACCAAGGGUCCCUGGCUGGUGACCCCACCCAGGAGCCUGGCCGCCAGGGGAUCAACCUUGUUGGCUAGCUGGGACCGGCUCAGGGCCCACCCCAACAGAUGGGGCUGCUGGGCCUCUCGCCUUCGCCAGUACCCAGGAAGUCUUCUGCCUUGGAGAGAAGCAGAGCAGAAGACGGAUGUGAUGUCUCCUGCCUCCUGUGAGGGGCCCUGCCUGAGUGCCACGGGUGUCUGGUGUGCCCCCAGGUUCCAGGCUGGAGAAGGAGCUGUAACAGGACCCCAGAGCAGGAUCCUUCCUUCACCUCCACAUUCACUCCAGGCAGAGGAGACACUUGGUCUUCACUCCGGAGCAUUUUGUAAACCUGCAGGAACAUGGUGGGGAUGGAUCUUUUAUGGGGUCCUUUUGGGAACUUAUGCCUCAGUCAGUCAUUCCAAUCAUUCAGUGACUGAUCCAAAGCCAUUCACUGAGGUCCUCUCACUGCCUAGUUGGGGUGCAGGCAGAGGUGGGUGGCAGAGAAGACGGGGUCGUGAUCUAGUGACAGAGAUUAGGAUGUUAUGGGGACAUGGACAGAGCCUCCCAGUGCAGUGGGAGGAGACCUUGAAGAGCUCCCGGAGUUGAUGUCUGGCCAGGCUUGCCCAUGGUGGAGAGGGAAGGAGGCUACUUGGCUGGGGCCUCAUAUCCCUAAAGGACCACAAAUUAAAUUUUUGAUAUGAUUUCUAAAAUUAGGUUUAUAUGUAUGUAAACACUGUGUUUUUUUAAGUGUAAAAAGCAUUAGUUUAUUAUAUGUGAACGUUUAAAUACAGUAUGAUGUUUAUCA